UAUUAACAUUAAUUUAUGUGCCUUUUAGAUUCAGGACCUGUGUCGCUCCCUACUCACCUGCCCAACUCCUACCUCCCCAAAGAGCCUCUGCCCAGGGCCACAGAAAGCCUGACAUCGAUGACCCUGCCACUACGGGGGCCCCUGGCAAACCCUUCGGGAUCCCCACACCUGGGUAAUAUGAUCCACCCUCCCAUGCCUCCCAGCUGCAUUAUGGAGGAGCUGCAGAGGGCUUUUGCUUCCAAGAAUCGACAGGAGAGUGUCCACGACGGGUGUGAGCAGGGCUCGCCCCCAAGGCUAUGGUGCUCCGACGGACGGCUGUCUCGCUCCUGCAGCUCUGACAACCAACACAUGUCGUCUUUAACCGGCGGCUGCAUAGGAGCCGGAGGGUCUGACUGGCCCAAGAAGGAAGCGGAGGAGAAUAAGGAGAACGUACGGCUGGACCAGUGCUUCUCCAAGACCUCAGGCCUCCCCUUCGACCUAGACAGCUGGAACGAGUCCGUCAUCUCUGGUACACUUCCUCGCAGGCUAAGGAAGGAGCUGCUGGCCGUCAAGCUACGAAACAGGCCGAGCAAGCAGGAGCUGGAGGACAAGAAUAUCUUUCCGGCACGGAGUGAUCAGGAGCGACAGGAAAUCCGUCAGCAGAUAGAGAUGAAACUUGCCAAGAGGUUGAGCCAGAGACCGAAUGUGGAGGAGCUGGAGAGUCGAAACAUUUUAAAACAAAGAAACGAUCAAACGGAGCAGGAGGAGAGGAGGGAGAUAAAACAGCGACUAAACAGAAAGCUCAAUCAGCGGCCAACAGUUGAUGAGCUGCGGGAGAGAAAGAUCCUGAUCCGCUUCAGUGACUACGUGGAGGUGGCCAAAGCUCAGGACUAUGACAGGAGAGCAGACAAGCCCUGGACUCGUCUCUCAGCGGCGGACAAGGCUGCAAUCCGGAAAGAGCUGAACGAGUUCAAGAGCACAGAGAUGGAAGUGCACGCCUCAAGCAAACACCUAACUAGGUUCCACCGGCCGUGAAAGACUGAAGAGUUUCUUCUGUGAAGAAAUGCUGAGCGUAGAAAUUUCCUUAAGCUGCCUGUCGCCAGCUCAGUGGUGACACAUCGAAGAGCCUGAAGCCUUUUUUUUUUUAUUGUCUUCAGCGUGUCUUUAGCUUUCUUCCGACACCCCUCAUAUUUAUCAGUAUGAAGAAACGGGUGUGGGAGAAACAACGGAGGGAUGUUUGCCGGCAUUGCGUCCCGGAGACCACUGGGUGCGACGUGGAAGCAGGCAGGUGGAAGAGACUUCGGUGGAAACCCUCUUACUCUCAGGAUGAGAGCAGAGGGAGGGGAAAAAAACAAACAAAAAAAAAACAAUCCUGUCGUUCUUUUUUGUACUAAUUCAAGGACUACUUUGACAAAUCGGUGUGAAUCCAUGUAGUGGGAAGAAGUAGUGCAUGUGACCACCUUUUCUUAACUGAUGAAUAAUGUGUCACUUGGACUGUGUACAGACUGUGAAGUCGGGUGAGAAUGCGUCGGGGAGGAAUUUGAUAUUGACUGUACAUACAGUAUGUCAAUCAGAACGGGACUGAUAGUGUCUUCACUGAAAAGAGAAAUACCUUUGUAAGCACUACUUCAAAACUGUCUUCAAAAUACAUGUUUUUUAAGAA